AUGAAUUUAGAUGAAUUAGCUAAGAAUGUGAUGUCUGGUGAAGAAGGUUUGCAAUUCAUGCAAAAUCCAUCUUCAAAUUCCAUGUUUCUUGAAAAUACGAAUCAUGGUACAUUGUGUAACAAGAGUAGUACUGUUGAUGAAAACCAUAAUCAAGAAAUAAAGCAUUACUCUCUUCAGCCACAACUGAGUAGUACUCUUGGUCUUGAGGAUUUCUUGAUACGUGCCAAUGUCAUAAAGAAUAGGAAUAAGUUUGAUGAUCAGCCCCAAAUGGAACCUAAAUUCUAUCAACAGAUUAAUGAUAUGAUGAUGCCAAUGCCUAUCCAAUGUUAUUCAGAUAUUGGUUUUGAGAAUCAUCAGUCUAUGGAUGUUGUUAAUAAUUAUUCAGAGAAAACAACAAAUAUGGCAAUGACAACAGUAACAACGUCGAAUGACUGUUAUUUAAGUGGAGAAAGGAAGAGGACUUUCGCGAAUGAGAAGAUGGAGAAAAAUAUUGAAAGAAGGCAGAGAAGGAUGAUCAAGAAUAGAGAAUCAGCUGCUAGGUCAAGAGCAAGGAAACAGGUAGAGAAGUGA